GGCGCAAUAAUACCAAGCUCACCUUCGAUGUAUACGCAUGGGGUCUUAAUAAUGCUGGACAGUUGGGCCUUGCAGAUUAUAUGACCCGCUCUACGCCUACAGUUAUAAGUUUGUUGAAAGGAAAGUUCUUCACUCACAUAUCGAUCGGCGGUAGUCAAAAGGUCGAUGGCCACACAUUGUUGCUUGCAGAACCGGGGAAACUGUUUGCUACGGGAGAUAACACCUUUGGCCAGCUAGGCCUGGGGGACCUGCAUGACAGACAUUCAUUUUCACCUGUUGCUUCAGUAUUCGAUCUGGACUUCAAGGACGUGGCUGCUGGGGAGACUCACUCUGUUGCACUAACGAAAACGGGAGAGGUUUAUGUCUGGGGAAGCAAUGCAAAGGGCCAGCUUGGACUGGGUGAUGUGGGAAAUCAGGUGUUGAAACCUUGUCAUUUACCCUUCGGAAAUGAGAAUGAUAACAUCCGAAUAGAUGGCAUAGCAGCUGGGGCAACCCACUCCAUCGCCUGGACCAAAGAUGGAAGCGUCUUCGCAUGGGGAGACAAUUCUUGCGGGCAGCUGGGAGUGGGUGAUAAGAGCCAGUACUCUCAUCCUGUGCAGGUGCAACUUCAGAAAAGUGCACACAUCGUCCAGGGAGCCGCUGGAGGAUGCCACACCUUGGUGAUUGUGCGAGAUGAAAUCUAUGUUUGGGGCCAGAACAGCGUCGGGCAGCUUGGACUAGGGGAGGACCGCGUUGGUGAGGAUGUCAUUUUACCUCAGAAGCUGCCAACGUUUGCGACCAGCAAAGCUAAGUCCGUUUCAGCAGGCCAGGUCCAUUCAUUGGUGCUUACUAUGGAUGGAGGAAUCUUCUCUUUUGGGGACAACAGCGUCAACCAGCUAGGAUUGGGACCGGGCACGGAAGUGUUUGUUGCAUUUCCCAGGCCGGUGAUGCAGGGAACACACUUCGACAAAAUUGCAGCUGGAGAUGUCCAUUCCUUGGCAAUAGAUAUCGACGGAAAGGUAUAUUCAUGGGGUUCGAACCUUGCAGGGAACCUUGGACGAGGAGAUGCAGCGAACAGCACGGGACUACCCGCCCCUGUUCCCGUCCUGAUCCUGAAGAGAGCAGUGGCUGUUGCAGCAGGCCCGAAUGCCAAUCUCAUCGUAACCGACAACUGGGAGGUUCAUGGAUGGGGGAAGAAUAACGCUGGGCAAAUGGGAAAACGACCGACGAAAAGCAUCAAACAAGAGCCGGAACUCAUCACCAUAGCCCAAGGCACUGAGAGCAUUAAGAACAUAGCUGCCGGCGGUUACGCCUAUGAGUACCAAGGCCACAGCCUUGCAGUCACGACUUCUGGGAAGCUGUAUGCCUGGGGAUGGAACCCAUUUGGUCAGCUGGGAAUAGGAGACAUGGACAACAGCGGAAGAACGUGCAUCCCUCAACUGGUAUCCUGGCUUGCAAAAGAUCCUUUUCGUUCCAUUGCAGCAGGCCAGUUUGCCUCUGGAGCUUUGACAGAGUCAGGAAAGGUGUACACAUGGGGAUCAAAUAACAACGGACAACUAGGGAGAGGAGACUUUUCGCCCGUGUCAGUGGAUGUACCGCAGAGGGUUCAUUUGGAAGAUCCUGGAACAAUGAUGGCCAUCGGUUACAGCCACAUGUUGGCAUUGACAUCCAAGGGAACUGUCUAUAGCUGGGGAAGAAAUUUAUAUGGUCAGCUGGGAGUUGGGGAUCAUAAGGACAGAAGUUCCCCUCAACCUGUUUCACACUUGGCAGACCAGAAGGUGGUCUACAUCGCUGCUGGACAAUACCAUUCGCUAGUUGUUACGGCUAGUGGUGUCGUAUACGGGUGGGGAUACAACACGAACCAUGAGCUUGGACUGGAAGAUAACAUGGACCGGGUAAUUCCGCAACAAAUUGAUGCAUUGCUGCAUUCCAGAAUAAUUAUGGUUGCUGCCGGGGGUUAUCACUCCUUGGCCCUUUCAGAGGACGGCUCGCUGUUCUCAUGGGGAAAUAACGACUACGGUCAGCUUGGCCGCAAUAAUGGGUUCUCUUCCUUCAAACUACCUGCGCAGGUCAUUCUCACAGCGACGGUAGUAAAUGGCAAACAGAUCGGCAAACGACUCAAAGUGACAUCAAUUGCAGCCGGAACCUGGCACUCCGUGGCGAUUACAGAGAUGGGAGCUGUUUUCACAUGGGGAAGGGGCCAGCAUGGACAGCUCGGAAGAAAAACGGAUUCAAAAAACAUUCUCACACAGAACAGGUUUCUUCCUGAGCAGGUGGAGGCCCUUGCAAGCCGUGCUGCUGUGGCAGUGGCUGCAGGGGCUUCACACACAUUCCCGCCAUUGAAUCUGCAUGCAAAUCAGCUCGCGCCUCGAGCGCGAGCCCCAUCACCGUGCUCCAUCACCAUCCCCACAGCUGACCUGGAACGUCAGCAAGACAGCUCACUCUUCAAGGGGGAGCACUUCCAUCCAAGCUCCAAGCUCCAAGCUCCAAGCUCCAUCCAAGCUCCAAGCUCCAUCCAAGCUCCAAGUUCCAUCCAAGCUCCAGAAUCAAGUGAAGAGGCAGUGAGCCAGCUCACCCCUCAAACUCACCACCCGCCAUCUCCACAUCGAAGGCCAUCGAGGAAGAAGAAGGAUCAAACCGACCACCCAAGCCAGCGACGUAAGCAACCUGCAAGGCGAUCCACGCUUGAAGCAGGAGGCACACUCCCUUCCUCCAUAGCCAGGGAGGAGAACAGAGCGAAAGAAAAAAUCGAGAAACGCAAAUGGAUCACAAGGACAGUGCAGGGACACGAAAAUCUCAGAUCCAGCACGGACAAAUUCUCCAUUCUGGUACUCAGCAGAAACAUGAUGAUGGUGGUCUUCAAAGAUGCCGACCAGGCAUCCAACCUGACCAACAGACACACCACACUGAACUGCAACGGGUCAGUAUGUUCACUGUCCCGCUGGAAACAGGAGACAGCACAGGAAGCCAUGAUCUCCCCGGCAACCGCGCAAAAACAGCGACUCAUGAGGGACCAAUUCUGGGUCCAAUUCGACAACAUCCCGAUUAGAGGGCACCCGCUGAUCAAGGACAGACUGGAAGUGGAGUACCCAAACAACAAAGUGUUGAAAUGGGUACUUCCAACUCCGGAAUUCCUGGCCCCACACUGUGACUCCAUCACAGCCGUUUUGGAAGUGAACACGGAAUCAAACCCCGAAUUCCCGGAAGAAUGGGAAUUUAGCAUAGGGGAGGAAGCAUCUUCGGUAACAGUCUCGACGAAAGAUGCCCCCAUCUGUUUCAGGUGCAGAGAGAGAGGACACCUGGGCACAGACCCAGCGUGCCCGAGAUCCCCCGAACACUCCAAAGAGAAGAAACUGAGACAGAACAUGCUUAUGGAAGUCGAAGAAGCAAAGGGAAUAUGGUUCGUCAACGACCAGGAUUACAACGGAUGGGUCUUCGACGACACCAUCGACGACCCGAAAUGGAUCUGGACAUAUAACACGAACCCGUCAACAAAACAGCCAGAUAUAUUCCCCCCCUCAGACAGCAGAUGGCACGCAGUGGGAGCAAAGAAAGUAACAGGUAUCCCAGGAAAAAUCCACAAAGAUCAGAUCAUCGACCCACGAGGGAUCAGGGAAGAGAAAAAACACGAAGAUCUGUUGUGGGACAUGGAGACAAUCAGGACCAAGACAGCAGAAACGUGCCAGAACACCAACCUGGAUAACAACACCCUGCUGCAGGAAGCGAAACAGACCCUCGAGCACCGCCACCCCAAACCAGAGAUCCCCCCCGCUCUCAAACGGAACGCCUCGCCCUCCGCCAAGAACUUCCAAGAGGACAGGGCAGCUGACACGGAAACAGGAACGGACACCUCACAAAGCAAAGCAAGCCCCAUUCCCUGGCUCGAAGAGUACCUGCAGCUAGCAAAAUAUGAAAGGGAAAAAGAAUUCGGCGUCAGGCUGGCAUGCAUGAAACAUCUGGAGAAGACAGGGAAGCCAGCCAAUGGACAAGCAGUGGCCGGAAUCCCGCAAUCCAAGAAUUUUUUCGAUAUGUUGCGCAUGAACUCCGAACUCUCGGAGUUCAGCGCCUUCAGAUAUUACGAAAAGAAGAGGGAAAGAGAAUCUGCUGGAACAGACACCGGCACAGGUUUUGACCCCCAAACCUCGACAGACUCCAUCCGAGACAUGGUUUCCAAGAACUGGAAACCGUCGAAGGGAAGGGACAAGAGGCCAAAGGGUUCCCCCAAGGACGAAGCAGGCAGCAAGAACGUACAGCACAGACUCACGCAGGAAAUUGCAACAGAGGCAGCACAGACAAAAAGGCUGUUCGACCAGAACCAGGACUACAAAAAGGAGCAAGGAGAGAAGUUCAUAACAGUUCGGAUGAUCGCAGAAAACAAGGCGCCCGACGUCCCCAACUCAGCAAACGUUGAUAGGGGGACCAUCAGGGCGGUCAGCACAACCGACAUCAUUGCAGACUCGUUGGCCGACAUCAUCAGGACCCGCAUACUGACCUCCAAGACCUCGCUGCAAGACGAGGCGACCCCCAUCAACGUAGACUUGGGGAGGGAAGAAUCAGACAGGGAGGACGAUGAGGAAGACGGGAUGGAUGUGGGCGACAAGAUCUCCCCCGGGGGAGACGACACGGGGCCUCGCUCGACGACGGAGAGCAGCGCUGGAGAGUUCAGUCUGGGCUCCUCAGCGACAAGUGAGGACAGCAGGGACACUGACUCUGACAGCGGCAAGACCCAGGCCGCAGCGGACUGAAUAACUUACCACCUGCAAAAAUAAAACCCCACCCCAAAA